AUGCAUCUCAUUACAGAUUUCGCAGUCAAGGAGAAGUACAGUUAUCAUAAAGGGUUUGGAAAUCACUUUCAAUCCGAAGCCGCUCCUGGUGCUGUUCCUGUUCCCAACAACCAUCCUCAACGUCCUCCUCUUGGACUGCGCACGGAGAAAAUGUCCGGGACGUCUUUAGUCGGCCCGCGAUCUCACAACUUAUACACAUACAUGUAUCGCAUCGAGUCCUCGCACGAGCAUCACGAGUUCACUCAGUGGAACCACCAUCUCGAAUACGCCAAUCCACCCCCGGCCAAGAACCUCACUCCAAAUGCUGUGUCGUGGCCCACUGUUCCAUGGCCAGAAAAGGGAGACUGGAUCUCCCAGCGCUUGGUAGGCAGUAAUGGCGACCCUCAGCAGAAGACGGGUCUAUCCAUCUGGUUCUUUAAUGUUCAUAAGGACAUGGAUCCGCAAACCGUCUUCAGCAGCCUGGAUGGCGAGGCUCUUAUUGUCCCGCAGUUCGGCUCGCUGGAUAUCACGACGGAGCUUGGCAAGAUGCUAGUCAGGCACAACGAGAUCGCCGUAAUUCCGCGAGGCAUCAGAUAUCGUGUGACGCUGCCUGAUGGAAAGCCGUGCCGAGGGUACAUCUGCGAGCUCUACCAGGGCCAUUUCCGUCUGCCUGAACUCGGUAUUAUCGGGAUGACUGGCCUGGCCAAUUCCUAUGACUUUCAGAUACCAAAAGCAUCUUUUGAGGGCCACGUUGAAAAGGGGCCGAAUGGUGAUCAAAUUGCCGUCGCCAACGAGACGUCGGAAUGGAAUAUUGUUUCUCGCCUGAACACAAAACUGUGGCGCUAUUUGGCGCGCGUCGACACCAUCGCAAACAUCCGCUACGGCCACGCCGAUCCCUCCGUGUUUGUUGUUCUGACGGCUCCUUCGUUUGGCAAAGCCCCCGGCACUGCGGUGAUUGACUUUGCCUGCGUCGGCCCCCGAUGGCAAGUUGCCGAAGGCACGUACCCGCUGCCCUGGUUCCAUCGUAACACGAUGCAGGAGUUUGUUCUCGGCAUCAUCGAUGACCAGCGCCUUGAUACUCCGCUCAACGACCCCAAAGCCGACUUUAGCCCCUUUGCAGCCUUUCUCAACGGGACAAUGGUGACACAUGGGCCUGAUGAGAAGCAUUACCAGGCGAUGAAGGCAUCGGACACUACUAAACCGGUCAUGGUACAGAAUGAUGGCCUCACUUUCGGUCUCUUUGAGUUUGAGUGUCCCCUUUAUUUGACGGAUUGGGCUAUGGAGUCGGCGAAGCAGAACUCCAAGAAGCAGUUUUCAGGUCAAUUCGCUGAGACUAAGUAG